AUGAAAAGGGCGGGAAAGCAGCCCGCCAACAUCCAGCAGAAAGCCUCGCCAACCGAUCUCUCUCCUCCUCCCCCGCUGUCUCCACAUCCGAUCCGAGGCGAGGCGGCGAUGCAGAUCCAGGUCCGGUGCGGGUGCGGCGAGGCGGCGUGCCCGGAGUGGGCGGUGGUGGAGGUGCAGGGCGUGCUGCAGCCGCAGCCUUGCUUCUCCGGCCGCAUCCAGGGCCUCCACAUCGGCCGCCUCUGCUCCACCUCCUCCGCCCCGACUUCCAAGGGCGGGUACACCUUCACCGUGGGGUACCAUGAGCUCGCCGGCUCGAAGGUGACUCUCAAGAAGCCCCUGCUUGUGCUGAGGAAGAAGAAGAACGACAAGGGAGAUGCCGGCGAGCUCGGCCAAGGUGGACAGGCGGCGGCGGAGGUGGAGCUGGAGGUGAUCGGCAUCAUCCGGCACAAGAUCCUCUUCAAGGACCGCCCCAAGGCCCUCAUCUCAAAGCCGGUGCCCAAGGAGAAGAAGGCCCUGCCUGCAGCGGCGACCCCAUCAACCGUGCCUCCCGCUUCCUGA